AUGACUUUCAACACGAAGGAUGGCGUCACGAUACGCAUUAUGGUCCUGGAGGAUUAUGAAAAACUAAAGUUGUUUAUGAAGGAAGAGUACUUCAAUGCGGAACCCUUGUGCCAAUCCUGCGGUGAAGCCGUUCAUCUGCAGAACGAGAAGGAAAACGAUGCGAUAAACCUCUCUAUGAUUGAACAAGGAACUUCCCUUUUGGCCCUCGACGAGAACGAUGAUGGCCGAAUCGUGGGUUUCGUCCUGGCUGGAGCAGAAGCCCCCGAGGAUGUGGAAAGAAACGCCCAGACAGCCAAAACACUGUCGGAUAACGCUUGGGGCCGCAUCUUUGUAAUAUUGACCAAGGCCGAACGGAAAGCCAAUAUUUUUGAGCGAUACGGCGUCUCAAAAGUCCUUUACUCCCACAUCACCAGUGUAGCCGCCUCGAAGAGGGGCAAGGGCCUGGGUUCCCGUCUGACCACCACCCUUAUGGACCUGGGUCGGUCCCAGGGACUUCCCGUCAUGGUCGCCUACUGCACCAGCUUUUACUCCGCUCGGCAGAAGAAGGCCCUUGGAAUGGAGUGCAUCUACUCCCUGGACUACGCCGACUAUAAGGACGAUCAGGGACGAGAAAUCUUUGCUCCAGCAGCCCCAAACACCACGCUUAGAGUUAUGGCCAUAAAACUGUGA